CACCUGUCGUCAAAAACAUCGAUUAUAGUUCAACCGAAAUCAGAUAAAUCCUAUUCAUCACAGCCAAAAUCUAUAUAAAUGUCCAACUCACUCAACGUUUCCAAACACAACCAAAAUGAACCUACUCAUCUUUCUAACAGUUGCGAUUGUCUUCGCUUCGGCCAAACCCCCUCUAAAAAUCGGCUUCCACCCCAACCCCCACAUAAUCAACGGAGACGACGCCGCCAAAGGCCAAUUCCCCUACCAAAUCUCCUACCAGUUUGGAAUCUUGGGCGUCUACGAGCACGUGUGUGGAGGCUCCAUCCUCUCGCCCACCUUCAUCGUCACAGCGGGGCACUGCGUCACCGAAGUGCCAACACAGGGGGACCACCGAAUCGUCGCUGGAAUCACCGAACUCAACGAACAAAACAACCAAAGACAAGAGAUCCAAGUCGUUGAAAAAAUCGUCCAUCCUGACUUCAACGGACGCGUGGGACCAAACGACAUCGCUUUACUCAAAUUAGCAACACCGCUAGAAUUCGGAGACCUGGUACAACCUAUCGGGUUGCCUGAACCCGGCUCUGAAUUCACAGGAGAUUCAGUUCUGACAGGAUGGGGCUCCACCUCCACCACCAUUGUCCCAAUUUUGCCCAACCAUUUGCAAACUGUCACGGUGCCCAUCUUGUCUUACGACGAUUGUAAGAAAGCAGUCGAUGCUUUACUUGACGAAAAUCAGGAAAAUCCCCUAAAUGAGGUGUCAAAUGUUUGCACUGGGCCUUUGUCAAAGGGCGAAAGUGCCUGUUUGGGGGACAGUGGGGGGCCAUUGGCCCAGAAUGGUACCAUCGUGGGGGUUGUUUCCUGGGGUUUUGUACCAUGUAGCCAUCCAGAGGCACCGUCAGUUUACACCAAAGUUAGCAGUUUUGUCGAUUUUAUCAAAGAGCAUGUCCACGAUUUGCCCCAAUAAAUGUGUGAAGUAAAAAUAA